AUGAAUAAAGCACCAGAUUGGUCUAUUUCACAAAAAGUGAACGAUCAGAAGGAAAAUGAUUACCCAUCUGAUGAUCAUCGGGCUAACAAAGAAAUCGUUGAAAUAAGUACGAUUAGCUUUGCUCUCGCUAUAAUCUGUGAUUAUACAUUUGAUGUAUGUUCUCCGGCUACUAUCGGUGAAAAACGAAAGCUGGAAUCAAUUAAUCGUAAUAUAGGCAACAAUGAAGAAAACGAAUUAAUAUUAUUGAAGAAAUGGUGGGUUGAAUUGAAAGAUCGAAUUGCCCUAUUGGAGAAAUCAUGUUUAUCAAUUCCAUCGGACGUUAACAUUCAACAAUUCUUCGACGACGUUCUACCGAGUUUCAGUAACAAGAAUCAUGACGAUACCACAAUGAAUGCUAGUGAUCUUGUUAUGGGUGUCGACAGUGAAGCCGUCGGUGAAACUGAUACUGGUUCUUCAGCAUCGAAUCCUGGAAAUGUUAGUGAUCCGGUUUCAUAUGUUUGUGAUCAACGGAAAGUUUGUCACUUACCGUUAUUGCCUAUCGACGACAAGAUGCUUUCUUCGUUGAACAAAAGAAAACACGACGUGUACGACGCGCUCGAUUAUUAA